AUGCCAGCACUGGAUCUCCCCAAAACACUCUGGGCCCUGGAGGACAGGAAAGCCCCUUUCCCAUCAGCCCAGUCUGUCAGCCCCCUCUGCCCUGAGGUCUAUACACUGGGAAGACAGGAGCUGCAGACCCUGCUGAUGCCCAGCCCCGAUGUCCCCUACCCCAGCAACUCCUCCAGCCUCACACACAAGAGCUCCAGUGACUCGAAGAAGCCUUCCAAAAAGUGUUUGAAAAGGGAGCUCUACUUCGACGAACGGUUGCUCUGUGUCCUUCUAGCCUCUGAGGAGUCUCCAACUCACAAGGACAGAGGAGAUGGGGAGAGGCUGGUCGACGCGAGGGUGGUGCAGGUGGUCCCUCUGAGGUUUGACUCUACCCCCUGUGGGGACCCUAUACAGCACAUCUCUGACGAAGACACUGUAUAUGACAUCUGUGAUGAGGACGCCGUAGACAUCUGUAAUGACACUGUGGACAUCUCUAAUGAGGCUGCUGUACCUAACAUCUUGAAUGACGCUGGAGACAUCUGUAAUGAGGACACUGCAGAAAACAUUUCUAAUGAGGACAUUGUUUACAACAUCACUAAUGAGGACACUGAACAACACAUCUCUGAAAAAGAAGACGCUGCCAAGGAGCCAUUUAUAUUGGAAAAUGGUACAUACCCUGAAAUAACCCACUUCCUGAGGGAAAAACGCUGUCUGUGGGGUAUAGAAACCUGAUUCUGGGCUCCUUUUGGGAAGGAAGAUUUGGGAUCUGGUGAGAGCAGAUGAUUUUGCAAGUAUAAAACAAUGUCCAGAGAGGCUGGAGGGAUGUCUGUGAACCAGAGGAAACACCAGGGGAUCCUGUGUGAAGCACCGGGGCUUCAACUGGGGUGGGAGAAGUGGGUGGGCCUCUCUCUAAUGACUUAUCCGGAUGUUUGUGUUUUAAAGAUCUGUUUUCGGAGAGCAUAUCUGAUGAUGAGGAUUUGUAGGUAGGUAACUACUUUCCGUGUAAGAUCCAAUGGGAGAGAGUUCCCAGGGGCCUUCAGGGUAUCCAUGCUGCUUGGGAGGUUGAGGGAGGGGGCAUGAAAUCGAAAAGAAAAAGGAAAUAUGUGUCAAAUUGGAUUUGGUCUUUUCCAAGUUUCUUGCUAUAAUGUAAGAACUCUCUUUCUGGGCUGUGAGGGUGCUGUGUGAUUUAAAGGUGAUCUUUCCCAAAACACCUGGCGUUUUCUCUUCUGCCUCUGCCUCUGCCAAACAUCACAGCCUUUGGGUUGGACUAGUCAGCACUGCUUGGGAUUGUGCAGAAGAGGUUUGGGGUUUCAUCAGGAGGCACCUGUGGCGAACAGAAUCUGAGGACACAACUCCCUCACAGGCACUUACUUGAACCUGGAGACAAAGUUCUC